AUGACCGAUGCGAAAGAGCACAGCAUCAUACGCCGAAUUUUUGCGCAGGACCUUUCCAAAACCUCGAUGACACGGUUUGAGUCACAAAUGAGAAUCAAAGCCAAAAUUGCCAUCUCCAAAAUCAAGAGAGACGCCUCGGCGGGCAAUGCCGAUGUUCUGAAGUGGUUUCCGUUUAUGGCCACCGAUGUCAUGGGCGAACUAAGCUUUGGUUCAUCGUUCAAUAUGCUGGAGCAGGAGACCAAAACGCCUUUUAGGCGAGACUUGGAAACGACGAUGGGGUUUAAUGGUAUACGUGCAGAGCUGAAGCCUCUCGUGGGAAUUGCUCAAUACCUGGCGAUCCGUGCCGUCCAGAACGCCCUCGACAUGAAAACUCGAAUGGCUGCCUACACUAGCGCCGCGAUCGAAGACCACAAGCAACACAUCAUGAUACACAACGACUGGCCAGGGCUGUUCUCAAAGUUCUUGGAUCCGACGAAGAAUCAAGAGUUAUUUAUGUCAGAAGUAGUAGGUGAAGCAGCCAACUUCAUUGUUGCUAGAAACGAUACCACCGCGGUCUCUCUAACAUAUCCGGUCUGGUCGGUCCUUCGCCGCCAGAAUUGUAGAGUCCAACAAGGCUUUUGA